AUGGGUCAAAAUUCGAAUCUAGAAAUUUCAUCUAAUUCUCCAAAAUAUCGUUUCAAGUACGCUCCCUUGCCCAUAAUUAAUAUCACUUGGACCCAUUUGGUCACAAUUUACGGAAUUUAUUUAAUCCUCUCGGGUCACAUUUAUUGGAAAACAAUAAUUUUUUCUUGGAUUUACGGUUUCUGUGGACAAAUCGGAGUACAUGGGGGUGCACAUAGAUUAUGGAGUCAUAAAAGCUAUAAAGCCAAACUUCCCCUCGUUUUGGUACUCGUUUGGUGGCAGACCAUAAGUGGACAGAACUCGAUCUAUGAAUGGGCCCGAGAUCACAGGGUCCAUCACGCCAACACAGAAACAGACGCGGACCCCCAUAAUGCAAAACGUGGCCUUUUCUUUUCCCACAUUGGCUGGCUCAUGGUUCGAAAACAUGUCGAUGUUAUCGCAGCGGGGAAAAAGAUGGACCUCUCUGACCUUGAGGAUGACCCUGUCAUCAUGUUUCAAUACAGACAUUACAAAAUUCUUGCGACAAUUUUCACAUUUGGGGGACCUAUACUUUUCACAUGGUACUUUUUUGGAGAGAGUUUGUUCAACAGUUGGGUCAUGGUUGUUGUCCGGUACGUGCUGAGUCUUCAUGGAACAUUUCUGGUAAACUCGUGGGCCCAUUGGUACGGGACGAGACCGUAUGAUAAAAACAUUAAUCCAUCGGAAUCAAUAUUUACAUCUGUUUUUUCUGGCGGUGAAGGCUGGCACAAUUACCACCAUACGUUUCCCUGGGAUUAUAAGACUGGAGAACUUGGAGGUCAUAGGUUCAGCACGACGACAAUGUUUAUAGAUGCGUGUGCAAAAUUGGGAUUAGUUUAUGGGAGAAAGUCCGUGUCUGGUGAAGUGGUCAAGAAGAGAAUGCAGAGAACUGGGGAUGGCUCCAGUUAA